AUGGCAGACUGCAACGAGAAUGCGGCAUGUCAAGAACAUUCAAGACCCAAGGACUGCGCAGACGACACAGAUAGUGAUGACGAACCAAGCUUCCAAGAAAAGCUCAAAAAUUUGCUGUCAUCUCACGCAAUCAAAAGCGCGUUCGAGAAAACACCUAUCAAGUUCGUCCCCGAAGGCAUCAUUCACGAGCUGAUUACGGAAGACCAAAUCAAGGCCGCCUUGGAUAUACAAGCAGCAACAGUUGAAGAAGACGAACUGGUGGGAUUCACACCGAUCGCUGAAUCGAAGCAGCCGUUCCUGGAUCAUAGUUCGUUCGCAGUCAAGGAGAUUCAGCCUUCCGAUAACGCGCAGGAAGUUGCAGAACAUUGGGAAAGAGAGGUCAAAGCCCUCCGAACCAUGAAUGAGUUGAACCAAGAUCACAUCGUUCGUUUCGUUACAGCUUUUCGACGCCGUAGAGAGCACGGCGAUCCAGAUCACUACCUGAUAUUUGAAUGGGCUGAUGGCGGAAACCUCCGCAGUAUGUGGAAGAGGGAGCAUUCCCCAAUAUUGACGGCAGCAUUAGUCAAAGAUGCUAUGUUGCAGAUACUGGGACUUGCCAGAGCACUCGCGGCUGCGCACGACCUCGACAAGACCGGCGCAUCAUACCGCCAUGGAGACAUCAAGCCGGAAAACAUUUUGUGUUUUAGUAACGGUCGCACGAUUGGUACUCUCAAAAUUGGCGACUGGGGUGAAGCGAAAGAGCACGGACAGGUGACAGACAUGCGUCCCAGCAAAACCACAGCAAAAUAUGGCACUCGUGUCUAUGAGGCCCCUGAGGUCGAAACGGGCGUCAGAGCUAAGUACCUGGGUCAGUCAACAAAGCGCCGCUCUCGACUAUACGAUGUCUGGGCGAUGGGAUGCAUCACUCUCGAAUUCACCAUAUGGCUGUUGAAAGGGUAUGAGGGACUUACUCAAUUUCGUCAUGAUCUUGGGGAAGGGAGCUUUUACGAAAUAACAAUCGAGAACGGAAAGAAAGUAGCUCAUGUGCAUGGAACUGUCAUGCUUUGGAUGAAUACAUUGGCGGGAGACCCCAGAUGUCAGGCCGGAAGUACAGCAAUAGGGGAUCUUCUGGAACUUGUGAGAACAUCACUACUGGUUGUUAAGCUUCCACGAAGGCUCGGUUCGAAUCUUUCAGAACUCCCAGAACGACCUCGUACCGACUCGGUCGUCUCGGAGGCAAGGCUUGAAGCAAGUGUUACUCCCGCGAACAACACACCCUUUGACCUUGAGGAUAUCCCAGAUGUAGCAACAGCUGUAGGAAUCCCUUCUUUCAGCAUCACUCCUGCUGAAGCGGAGCCUGAAAGAAUCCCCAUACAGCCUGAACCCGAAGCGCAAGGUCACUCACGAUGCCUCGCAGCCGAAUUCUGCUCGCGAAUGGAAUACAUUGUCGCAGAAGAUCCGGAUGAAGAUGAAGGCUAUUGGCUUACAUGUUGGGUACAGCCUGCAGAACUCCGCUCGACGGCAGAUCAUAUACUACCACCCUCUCCCACCACAGAAGUCUACUCUGGUGAGGUCUUCCAAAAACCAAGCUGGGAAACCAAUCGACCUACCGUUGGCGGGUUGAUUGCACCCUCCCAGAAGAGGAUAGACUACGCGCCUCCAGAACUCGAUGAAGAUGACUGGAAGUACCAAUCUGGCAAUGAUCUUGCAUCAAGUUUGUUCGUCUCACUCAGGGAAAGCAAAUCCCUGGGGUCGUCCGACAAUAUCUCUCAAUCUCGACUCUGCUCAGAUUGCAUCUGCCUCCAAGAGGAGUUGUUCACACCAGGAUUUUCUAAGUCGUACGACGUGCACACCCUUCGAAUGAGCGCCGAGAGAAAGCACUGUGACUUGUGCGUCCUGCUCUGGCAGACUGCUAUCCGAGACGGUGGCGUGAAGUUUGCGAGCAUCAAGCUUGAGCGGACUGGUUCGUUUCUCCGGAUGAAAAGCAAUGGCCUUCCUGUACUGUCCAUCGUCCAUUAUCCGGAGGAGCUCUCUAGGGUUACCAGCGAUGGCCAGGUUGGAUUUGUUCAGCUCCCAGAAGCAGGUAGCACCACUCACCUUGAGGUGCUCCAGCACUGGCUCCACGAUUGCAACGGCCAUCACGGAUGUUCCCCAGCUCAGCAUACAGCAAAUAGCACAAAGAUCCGGCUACCGACGCGGUUAAUCGAUGUUGGCACAGAUGAGGAUGACACAAUUCGACUGUGGGAGACCGAACCAUCGGAUGUGGGCGAGUGGAUUGCUCUAUCGCAUAAAUGGGGAUCUCGACAUCUUUCUACCACACCCGAAACCCUUCAAGACCACCUAAACGGUAUCAAAAUCGGCGUCCUCCCAGCCACAUUUAAGGAUGCGGUAAUCGUAACCCGCGCACUUGGACGUCGUUAUCUUUGGAUAGACUCACUUUGCGUGAUACAGGGUCCACAAGGCGACUUCAUGACCGAGGCCAAGCGUAUGGAAGCAGUUUAUAGCGGCGCCUACUGUGUUAUCGCGGCUAGUUGCGCUACUGACCACUAUGACGGCUUCUUGAAGCCUCGCACUCGACGAGAGUAUGUUGGUCUGAGUGGUCAAGGCAAUGGUCAACACCCUUUCUACAUCUGCCAGAACAUCGAUAACUUCAAGGACCAUGUGCUUGGUGGUGAGUUGCACAGUCGUGGUUGGGUCUUACAGGAGCACGCUCUCGCCCGUCGAACGCUUUUCUUCACGGAGCAUCAAACUUACUUCGAGUGCGGUAACGGCGUGCGCUGCGAGACGUCAACAAAGUUGGAUAAGUAA